AUGGAGAAGCAGCGCCCGCUUUCAUCUUCAGGGCCAAUGGCUGCAACAACCUCUGUCCGACGCUCUCGUGUCCUGCUCUUCGCGAUCCUGGUGGUCGCAGGCUUAUUCUUCUUUGGCGUGCGUUGGGAACUUCCUAGCGCUCUCAAAGACACCUCAUCUGAGCUCUACUCCAAGUAUGCACCCUCAGGACUGACCCGCGCCAACAUAGUCGCCCUCGUAAAACCAAAGUCAGCUGUGAAGGUGGACGAAAUUUACGGUCUGCUACACUUCGUUACACGGGAGGAUGGGAAGCAAUUCGAUGCGGGAUUUGAUGUAUCAAAACCAUUGGAACUGGAUACAUACACCCAGGGCGAGAAGGGCGUCGUUUGGAGCGAAGUCAUGAAGCAAUUCGACACUGAAGCGCCAGUGGUCGUGUUCAGCAAGACAUAUUGCCCAUACUCCAAGAAGGCAAAAGCACUUCUCAAAAAGUACGAUUUAUCCCCACCACCAACAAUCGUAGAAGUUGACCUACGAGAUGACGAUGUGCAAAUAAAAGCGCUGCUCAGUCGUCUCACCGGCCGAGGAACAUUUCCCAAUGUUAUCGUCCGUGGUCAAACUAUUGGCGGUUCUGACGACGUUCGGGAUCUUCACUCAAAGGGAUUACUGCGCGCCAAGUUGGAGGAAGCAGGCGUGGUAGUGCAGGGCCGCGACUCGGAGAUCACUGUAUAA